CUCCCAUCAUCUGUCUGUGCCAGCACAAACUGUGAUGUUCUGUGACUGAAUUGACAGGUAGAAGGUCCAGGGGCUGAAGGAACGUGGUGUAGUGAUUGGGCUCUCUACCCCAUCCUAGCUCUGUAUUUGCUCAGGAUUUGUGGGUUCCGUAUCCUAAAUAGUUGCCUCACUUCUCCAGGGUUACUAAAGGCUAUCCGGGGCAUGUCUCCUUGCUGCCUCUGAGUGUGCGGACCGGCUCCUCAGGCGAAAGAAAGGCCCACUGGUUGCUCCUUCCAGCUCUACCCCUGUCCCUGGCCGCUGCUGCCGUUCCUGGGUGCAGCUGCCUGUCCCCGCCGCGCAGAGCUGAGCGCUGCGGGCCCGCCCCCGCCUCACCGGGUUGGAGCGGGUUCACAGUGUACUGCGUGUAGAGCCUCUGGUGCCGCAUCUCCUUGUGCACCCGCUCGCUCAGGAGCCGGUCCAGCUGCACCGCGUCCGGCCGCUCCCGCUGCCCGCCGCGGGCGGCCAUGGCCGCGCCGGCCCCGCGUCCCGCUGCCUGGCAACGCCUCACGUGCGGCCCGCGGGGCCGCCCAUUGGCCCGCUCGCCUUCCCGCCUCCCAUUGGCCGCCGAGUUAAAUCCCCCGGGCGCUCAUUGGCGGCGGCGCACGCGGCGCAUUCAAACGGCCGGGGGGGGGGCGAUGGAGGCGGCGCAGUUACGCUGCACGGCGGCCGUGGAGGAGCCGCUGCCGGGGGGCUGUGGCCCGCGCCGCCGCGUCCUGCGGAACGCCACCGUGCUGCUGGGCCGCAACGAGCUGCGCCAGCCCGUGCUGCGGGUGGUGGGCGGCAGCGGCGCGGCGGCCGCUGUGCUGAGCUUCGCGCUGAGCGGGGACGCCGUGCGGCUCUUCACGCGGUUCGCGGGCGAGGGGCGGGCGGCGGUGCGGGUGGGGCCGGGCGGCGCGCAAGUCCUGCUCUCCGACUGCCCCCCGGACGCCCUGCGCCGCUUCCUCCGCCUCCUGCGGCUCAAGGUGACCGCCGGGUCGCGGGGCCCGGCGCGCCCCCCGCGCCUGCUGGAGCGGCCGCCGGCGUCCUUCGCCGUGAUCAGCCCGGUGCAGGAGCGGGACCUGCUGCACAACCCCGUUCCCCGCCGCGGCUGCGGGGAGGGGCGGGGGGAGCGCCCCGCCGAGGUGCCCCGCGCCGAGAGGCGGCCCCCGGCGCGGCUGUCGGCGGAGCAGGAGGCGGUGCUGGGAGCCGUGCGGAGCGGGAAGAGCAUCUUCUUCACCGGCUGCGCAGGGACUGGGAAGUCCUUCCUGCUGAAGAGAAUCGUGGGCUCCCUCCCUCCGAACGUCACCUAUGCCACAGCCAGCACGGGAGUGGCCGCUUGCCACAUCGGUGGCACCACUCUCCAUGCCUUUGCAGCUUUGCUUUCUUCUGCCCUGCCAGGGAUCGGCUCUGGAAAGGCACCGCUGGAACAGUGCAUUCAGCUGGCAGAGAGGCCAGGGGUGCGCCAGCACUGGCUGGCCUGCCAGCACCUGAUCAUCGAUGAGAUCUCAAUGGUGGAUGGAAAGUUCUUUGACAGGCUGGAGGCAGUGGCAAGGGCAGUCAGAAAACGAGAUGAGCCUUUUGGAGGAAUUCAGCUAAUCAUCUGUGGGGACUUCUUGCAGCUACCUCCAGUUUGCAAGCCUAAUGAAGAAACCAAGUUCUGCUUUCAGGCAAAAAGCUGGAGGAAAUGCAUCCACAUAAACAUGGAGCUGACUGAAGUGCGGCGACAGACUGACAAGACCUUUGUCUCACUCCUGAGUGCAAUCCGUUUAGGCAGGUGCACAGAGGAGGUUACCAGGCAGCUGAUGCAGACGGCUACCAACAGGUCUGAGCGUGAUGGGAUCCUGGCUACACGGCUCUGCACCCAUAAAGAUGAUGUUGAAAUAACUAAUGAGAGACGCUUGCAACAGCUAUCAGGAGAAGUGCACACAUUUGAGGCUUUGGAUAGUGACCCAAUGCUAGUGAAGUUAAUUGAUGCUCAGUGUCCUGUGGGUGGUAGAGUUGAGCUGAAGCUUGGAGCUCAGGUGAUGCUAGCAAAGAAUCUGGAUGUGUCUCAAGGGCUGGUGAACGGGGCACGAGGCAUUGUUGUAGGAUUUGAAAGUGAAGAGAAGGGGCUGCCUAAGGUGAGGUUUCUCUGUGGGGUCACACAGGUCAUAAGAAUGGAGAAAUGGGUCUUCAAAGGACCAUCAGGAGUUCACCUGAGUCGUCAACAACUGCCUUUAAAAUUGGCAUGGGCCAUUUCCAUUCACAAGAGUCAGGGCAUGUCUUUAGAUUGUGUGGAAAUCUCCCUGUCUCGUGUCUUCGAAAGUGGGCAGGCUUACGUAGCCCUCUCCCGAGCCCGUAGCCUUGCAGGUCUCCGUGUUCUGGAUUUUGACCCAAAAGUAGUGAGAGCUGAUCCUUCUGUGCUGCAGUUCUAUAGACAGCUGAGACGUCACCAGCUUUUAACCCAGGAUUCACUACACACCUCUUCAGAUGCUGAUGAGAAGGAGAAUGUGAAAGGCAGCUGAUAAUGCUCUCCUGGUUUCUGUGAAGUGUCAGCACAGACAGCUGAGAUGCAGUGAUCUUGCUAUUGAGUAUAUUUGAUAACAUAGGUAAAGUCAAAGGACUUUUUUUAGCUGUUUGCUUCAUUCAGCUGACUCUGGAUAUAUAGAAGUAUCUGUAUCUUGUGCCUCUGGAAUUUGGAAGGCUUCUGCAGCCCCUUUGUGAGCCCACAGACCUAAGUAAGCACUUCUGCGUCACAGAUGCAACUCUAGCAAACAAAAUGACUGAACAAGGAUGUUCCUGAAGGACCUUCCUAUGGUUCUAUGCUGCCUGCCUAGUUGCAUUUAAUCCUCCACAUAUAUAGACUGAAACUUGUGUCCCUUUCUUCAAGUAUACCUCUGUUGUGAGAUGGAAGGUGUCUGGAUGGAUUGGACCUGUUCACAGGAGCUGCUGACACAAGGGAAAGCAGUGCUAAGUAUCUGGAAUACAUACUUGAUUCUUCUGCAAGCAAGGAGCUGGGCUAUUACUUUACAGCAUGCUGAGGUGUUCCAGAUGCUUGACACCAGGAGGCUUUGCAAAACUUCCUCCACAAGCAGAACUGCCAGUUACAUAUUGCCUGUUAUCCUGAUAUGUAGUGUUUUCAUUAGUCUGUUGCAUAAGAUGUGAUUUUUAUUCUUUUAACCCUCUGAGAUGAACUGGCACUGUUUAAAGAUAGGAGGAAUUCCUACA